AUGGGUAAACGGUCUUGGAAAAAAACGCUUAUUAAUAAUCUAAAAUCACGACGCCGCAAACCCUCUCAAGAACACUUAGAAGAGCAUCGUCAUCAAACUGAUCAGGAUUCUCAAACAUCUCACAAUGAAGAGUCAUUAAAUACAAAAGAUAAUCAAGAUUCUGCUCGUCCCACACGUGCUGCUAAAGUAAGAUGCUUGGAAAAUUUGACUGACAUUACACGAACAGAAAGGUCUUCUGAUUUAGAAGUUUUACGAGAGCGUGCGGCCCAACGUAUAGCUAAUGAAAAUAAGGAACAACGAGAGCGACGUUUGCAAGAUUUGCGUCAGCGAGCGGCAGAGCGUAUAGCUACUGAGAGUAACGAACAACGAGAGCGUCGCUUGCGAGAUGCGCGUCAGCGCGCGGCAAAACGUGUAGCUAAAAAAAAUGAGGAACUACGAAUACACAGAUUAGAAGAACAAAGACGUCAAUACGGAAGGCGAGAUAGGGCUUUAGAACUUAAUAAUUGUUCGCCGUUUGAUAGUGUUUUUAUUGCCCCAACUUACACGGGACGAUUGAGCGAAUUGUCCCAAUCAAUGAAACGUAAUAUAGAGGAUGCUUACAGAAUAAUGGAAGCGUAUCUAUCGAACACGCUGUAUAUAGCAGAUAAUAAUGUUACUUUAGCCGAUUUCAGUGUAUUUUCUACAACGUCAUCACUUCAUGGUCUACAUCCAAUAGAUAGUAACAAAUAUCCAAAACUCCUGAGUUGGUACAAUAGAAUGUCAAGUCUACCGGUGUGUAAAAUAAUAAAUGAGCCAGGGGCUGAAUUACAUGUGACUGGAUUGAAGAAAUUAAUGGAGCACAAAAAAUUAUCUAAGUUGUAA